AUGGUGGCUUGUGAAGUUGGUCCUUUGUUCUUAAAGGCCGUUGAUUGCUUAGGAGAGGUAAAGGAUAAAGACUUUAUUGCUAGUUUGUUGAAUGAUGCCAUUGAAGAAGUUGGAGAUGACAAAUUUAUUGUACAAAUUCUCACUGAUAAUGCAAGCAAUUGCAAGGCCGCUGGAGAACUUAUAGAGGGUAGAUAUCCACAUAUAUUUUGGACACCAUGCAUUGUUCACACUCUUAACCUUGCUUUUAAAAAUAUUUGUAAUGCUAAAAAUGUUUCAUACAAUGAGGAGCUUCUUUCUGUGGGGUAUACUCGCUUCGCUUCAGUAGUUGUCAUGCUAAAGAGGACGAAACUUCUUAAAACUACUUUUCAAUCCAUGGUUGUUAGUGAGGCUUGGUCCACAUAUCGUGAUGAUCAUCGUGGACAAGCUAUACUUGAGACGGAAAAGAUUCUAAAUGACGAUUGGUGGGACAACAUUGAUUACAUACUUAAUUUUACUCGUCCCAUUUAUGACAUGAUAAGAGCAUGUGACACCGACAAAGCAUCACUUCAUCUAGUAUAUGAAAAUUGGGAUUCAAUGAUUUCAAAGGUGAAGGAGAUCAUAUAUAACCAUGAGCAUAAGCAAAGGCAUGAGUAUUCUUCUUUCUUUAGUGUGGUCGAAACAAUACUUCUUAGCCGUUGGAAGAAAAGCAACACUCCACUUCAUUGUUUGGCACAUUCUUUGAAUCCAAGGUAUUAUAGUGACACGUGGCUUAAAGAGGUCCCCGGUAGAGUUGCUCCACAUGCUGACAAUAAAAUUUCCACACAAAGAUUCAAUUGCUUUAGAAGAUUGUUUCAAGACUUGGAAGAUAGAAGAAAGGUUAAUAUGGAGUAUGCUAUUUUCUCGGCAAGAGAUGGUGGUGUAUUUACCGAACUAGAAUGCUUAAAUGAUAUGUACUUGAUAGCUCUAAAGCAUUGGUGGGCAACUUAUGGCUAA